UAUUAUCAAUAGAUGGCAGUGUUAUCGAUUGCGCAUUAGCGUAGUCUAACCAAAAUUAUCUCUUCUUUUCAAUGCGUAAUAUAUACGUCCUCGUAUAAUUAAAAUUUUAACUGAGUAGCAAAUGUUUUCUAAAUAAACUCAAUAUUUGCUGCAGAGAUCGCUCGAGAAAUUAUUCCUCGAGCUUUAUCGUGUAACAUCAUUUACGGCAUGCCAGGCGCCAUUUUCACUCGCGGCAUCGGCCACGUCCUAACUUCACAGUAGGAGUAUCUUUCAUUUGGGUCUGUUAAUGCAGCGGCAACGAUAAUCUUGCAGUAGUUGCAGCAUCAGUGGAUAAUCAGUGGAUAAUCGCGAAACAAAAUGCCUCUUAGAUUAGAUAUUAAACGGAAGUUGACAGCCAGAUCAGACAGAGUGAAGAGUGUGGAUCUUCAUCCAACCGAACCAUGGAUGCUGUGCUCCUUAUAUCAAGGCAAUGUCAAUAUCUGGAAUCACGAGACACAAACCUUGGUAAAAACGUUCGAAGUAUGCGAUUUACCAGUACGGACAGCCAAGUUUGUGCCACGCAAGAACUGGGUUAUCACUGGUUCUGAUGACAUGCAAAUCAGAGUGUUUAAUUACAAUACCUUGGAGCGCGUUCAUGCAUUUGAAGCACACAGUGAUUAUGUCAGAUGUAUAGCAGUUCACCCAACGCAACCAUUUAUUCUUACCAGCAGCGAUGACAUGUGGAUCAAGUUGUGGAACUGGGAGAAAUCCUGGACCUGCCAACAAGUAUUUGAAGGUCAUACACAUUAUGUUAUGCAAGUUGUGUUUAAUCCGAAAGACAACAACACUUUUGCCAGCGCAUCCCUCGAUAGAACUGUCAAAGUUUGGCAGCUUGGUUCGUCUACGGCUAAUUUCACAUUGGAAGGCCAUGAAAAGGGCGUAAACUGCGUGGAUUAUUACCAUGGCGGGGAUAAGCCAUAUCUAAUAUCAGGAGCUGACGAUAGAUAUGUCAAGAUAUGGGAUUAUCAAAAUAAGACCUGCGUACAGACUUUGGAAGGUCACACACAGAAUAUUUCCGCUGUGUGUUUCCAUCCAGAAUUACCGAUUGUUCUCACUGCCUCGGAAGACGGUACUGUCAGAAUAUGGCAUGCUGGGACAUACAGAUUAGAAUCGUCUCUCAACUACGGCUUCGAGAGAGUAUGGACCAUUGCGUGCAUGCGCGGUUCGAACAAUGUUGCCAUCGGCUACGACGAGGGUAGUGUCAUGGUGAAGGUUGGCAGAGAAGAACCGGCCGUUUCGAUGGAUUCACUGGGUGGAAAAAUCGUAUGGGCGCGUCACAGCGAAAUCCAGCAAGUGAACUUGAAGGCGUUGGGCGAGGAGGCUCAAGACGGAGAGCGGUUACCAUUAGCCGUCAAAGAUAUGGGCGCCUGUGAAAUUUAUCCACAAACCAUACAGCAUAAUCCGAACGGCCGUUUUCUGGUGGUCUGCGGUGAUGGGGAGUACAUCAUAUAUACAUCUAUGGCGUUAAGGAACAAGGCGUUCGGACAGGCGUCAGAAUUCGUAUGGGCGGCAGACUCGAGCCAGUACGCAGUGCGAGAAAGUAAUACGACGGUGAAGGUCUUUAAAAACUUCAAGGAGAAAAAGAGCUUUAAGCCAGAUUUCGGAGCAGAUGGCAUCUUUGGCGGGUUUUUACUUGGUGUAUCUUCUGGAUCCGGUCUCUCCUUCUUCGACUGGGAUAUGUUGAAGUUGAUCCGUCGCAUAGACAUACAACCGACACACGUGUAUUGGGCGGAAAACGCCUCGUUGGUGGCAUUAGCUACAUCAGAUCAAUAUUUUAUAUUAAAAUAUCACGCAGAUGUUAUCGCUAAUGCUGCGGAAAACGCUGAGGACAUCGAAAAUGCAUUCGAGAUGGUAGCAGAGAUGAGCGAAGUGGUAAAGACUGGUUUAUGGGUUGGCGACUGUUUUAUCUAUACCAACAGCGUCAAUCGUGUUAAUUACUUCGUCGGUGGUGAAAUUGUCACGGUCUCCCAUCUGGACAGACCAAUGUACUUAUUGGGAUAUGUACCGAGAGACAACAGGUUGUACCUAUGCGAUAAGGAACUAUCUGUCGUCUCGUAUUCUUUAUUAUUAUCAGUACUCGAGUAUCAGACUGCGGUCAUGCGGAAAGAUUUUGAGACCGCCAACAGAGUGUUGCCGACUGUCCCAAAGGAACAUCGUACACGAGUAGCUCACUUCUUAGAGAAGCAAGGUUUUAAAGAACAAGCCCUGGCGGUAUCGACAGAUCCCGAGCAUAGAUUUGAAUUAGCGCUCGCGCUUGGAAAUCUCGUAACCGCGCACGCGCUCGCCAAAGAAGCGAAUAGCCAGCAAAAGUGGCGGCAACUAGCUUCUCUCGCUACGCAAAAGGGAAAAUUGUGUCUGGCGCAAGAAUGUCUGCAUCAAGCGCAAGAUUUUGGUGGCUUAUUGUUACUAGCAACUAGCACGGGAAAUGCCAACAUGAUAAAGAAACUCGGCGCGGUCGCGGACGAAACGGGAAAGAACAAUAUCUCUUUCUUGUCGAACUUUAUACUAGGCGACGUGGACAAGUGUCUCGAUAUCCUUAUCAAAACGGAUAGAAUUCCGGAGGCAGCGUUCUUCGCUAGGACAUAUGCGCCCAGUAAAAUUUCCUCCACCAUCAAAUUGUGGAAAGAGAAGCUGUCGACAGUGAGCGAGAAAGCUGGACAGAGCUUGGCAGAUCCCGAACAGUACGAGAAUCUUUUCCCAGGAUACAAAGAAGCGCUGAAGGUGGAAAAGUUCUUGCGCGAAGAGAGCAAAAAGAAGAUUCCAGCUUCUGCAUUUCCCGCUGUUACGCCUAAUAUCGAACGGAAGCCAUUGGAGGAAAUGUUGGCCGCCGAACAAUCGGGCGCGUUCCAGUUUAAGGACAGCGCGAAUAGCAUUUCUGAAACGCAAUCGACUGAAGCAACGAUCGAUAGAUUGCAAGAUCUUUCAAUAUCAGCAAAGGACAAUUUUUUAAGUAAAACGACUAUGCCCACCGUGCAGUCAGUGAUACCCGAGAAAGCGACGACAAAGCCAGCGAGUAAUUACAGGCCUCUCACAUUGGACGAUGAUGAACUAGACGAUGACUUAGGGAUCGAUGAUAAUAUUGAUACCACUGGUAUUAAUCUCGACGAUGAUCCUUUUGAUGAUGAAGAAGAUUAACUAUCGAGACAGGAGAUGAAUAGCGUGUGCAUGUCGCACAAGUAUCUUUCAUUCUCCUCCCGUCAAUCAUUCCCCGCAAGAAGAAAGAAAAUGAGAAUAAUUUAGAAUCAAGUAUUAAAAUUAUAAAACAUAUUCUUAUGCGCAAGUGCGUUUAUAUUAUUGCAUAAAUUAAUGAGAGUGGUACCACGUAUAAUUGCCAGCUACCAACGGCACGUUUAAAGAUUAAAUAUAUUGUUAAUAUAACAGAAAGUAUAAGAU